AUGCUCACUAGCAACCGUUCACAGCACUCUCAGCGGUCUGAAAACGUCCCUAUUGGGAAGGAGGGUCAUGCUGUGAUGGAAACUCGUAAACGGGAGGUGUUCAUGGACCUCAGCAACACUUCGAACUUUCUGCCUGCUCACACGGGCGCGGCCUCGCGAGGCAAGGCACGAUUAGGGGACGAUCUUGAUGAUACUAUCAUGCAGGGCACCACACCGGCUAGAAUGGAGUCCAUGAGCCCAGUGAUUGACUGGAAGGACACCAUCCCCCCAGAGGAUCGUCAAGUGACGUUCACUCAGGAGUUCAUCCCUCCAGUGAGGGACGAUUUUCACGAUCUCGGCGACCCUCAGUUCGUGGCGGAAUAUGCCAACCCUAUCUUCGUCAAUAUGAACGCGUUGAACAAAACCAGUGCUACGAAUGCUGUUAGCGAGGGUGACACGCUAGAGUAUCACCUCUUCAAUGACCAGCUUGGUAGCGCUAUGGCAACUUUGAUGACAUCUUUCGGUCUCACUACUAUGGUGUCCGCAGUUCUCAAUGGCGUGGGGGAACCUAGCAAAUUCAGCAAAGCGCUCAUUUGGGCUUUCGCUAUAAUAUUCGCCGUCUACAUAGGCAUCAUGGCUGCUGGUUAUGCGGGCUAUGGUGACGGUAUAGCCCGAUAUGGCGAUAUUGUGAGUGCCAUCUCGACCUCUACUGGCAAACUUAACUGGGCUGGCUAUGCUAUCAUCGUCUGUAUUCUAGUAUUGUGCGCAACUCAUUUCCUCGCUCUCUUCACUCCGGUUGCUAUGGACUGUGAGAGGCUUAUCCCAGAGGAUGCUCCAAUGCGCCAUCUGAUAUGCUAUGCUAUACGAACGGCUCUUGUGGCAUUAUGCGCUCUUCUUGCUGUUGUCAUUCCUGGCGUUAUGACUCUGAUAUCUAUUUUGGGAGCUAUCCUCGGGAUGCCCUGUGUUAUGUUACUUCCUCUCUUCUUUUACUGGAAGGCCUGUUUCGUCAAUACUGCUGGCCUGCGUGCCAUUUACUCCGGACGCGUCGUUCAUUUCACCGGAGAAAUUCUGAUCAUCCUGCUGUCCAUAUACACAUUAGUGUUCGGACUGUACCAAACAAUUAUAAGCUUAUAG